AUGCAAGAGCCCGUUGGAAUUUCGAAUUUGCCAAAUCAAAGGUACAACAUUGUCUUGAAACAGGGUGCCACAUUUACUAUCAUGGUUUGUGGUGAAAGUGGUUUGGGUAAGACCACUUUUGUCAACACAUUGUUUCAGUCCACGUUGAAGGAACACGCCAACCCUACUGAACGUCACAAUAAAUUCACCCUGUCACAUCAAACUGUCGAAAUUGACAUCGUUAGAGCCAUUUUGGAAGAAAAGAACUUCAAAAUGAGAUUAAACAUUAUUGAUACUCCGGGUUUUGGAAACAACGUGAACAACCACGAUUCUUGGACUCCAAUUAUUGAUUUCUUGGAUGACCAACACGAAUCAUUUAUGAAACAAGAACAGCAACCUAUUAGAUACGCAAAGAAGGAUCUCAGAGUCCAUGCAUGUUUAUACUUCAUUCGUCCUACUGGCCACUCUUUAAAACCAUUGGACAUUGAAAUUAUGAAAAGAUUAAGUACCAGGGUUAACUUGAUCCCGGUAAUUGCCAAGGCUGACACUUUGUCACCAUCGGAAUUAGAAUCAUUCAAAAACAGAAUAAGAGACGUGAUUGAGGCUCAAGAUAUUAAUAUUUACACUCCACCUUUGGAAGUUGAGGACUCACCAGCUGCGGAACAUGCAAAGCAAUUAAUUGAAGCAAUGCCUUUCGCCAUUAUCGGAUCAGAAGAAGAAAUUGAGGUUUCCCCUGGUAAUUUCGUAAGAGGUAGACAAUACCCAUGGGGGACUGUCGAAGUAGAAAAUGACCAACAUUGUGAUUUCAAGAAAUUGAGAUCCUUGUUAAUAAGAACAAAUAUGUUGGAUUUGAUUUUAUCGACCAAUGAAAUACAUUUUGAAACUUUUAGAUCACUCAAAUUGGGUGACGAUGAUCAUCCUUCAACCAAUGGAGGUGUAAGCAGAGAUGCCAAUGGUGAAUCAGAAGAAAAUGGUCUCAAACAGACAAUUGCUAAGAAUAAGCCAAGAAGAUUACAUAACCCUAAAUUUAAGGAAGAAGAAGAUGCUUUGAAGAAAUUUUUCACCGAACAGGUCAAAGCUGAAGAGCAAAGAUUUAGACAAUGGGAAACUAAUAUUGUUAAUGAGAGGAAUAGACUUAACCUGGAUUUGGAAGAAAUGCAAGCUAAAUUAAAGUCGUUGGAAGAACUGGUGAAGAAGCUACAAAUUAACAAAAGGUAA